AUGGAACUCAACUCCCCGUCGCGAAGAGACGGCAUCUCUCUCAGCAAGGAGACCCAGUUGUGCUCUCAGUACUCCUAUAUUCGCCAUCUCGGCUCCAAGCUCAGACUCCCUCACCUCGCCAUUGUCAAGGCCCUCGUUUUCUGCCACCGUUUCUACGCUCGUCAGUCCUUCGCCAAGAACGACUGGCACGCCGUCGCUACCGCCUGCGUUCUUCUCGCCAUUAAAGUGGAGGAGUCGCCGCGCUUUCUAAAGGACGUCGUCAAUGAGGCAUAUCGUCAUGAGAUCCAGGACUACGUCGCCGACCAAAUGUUGCGGUCGACUAUCAAUCUUCAUGAUAUGAGAGAAAGAGAUGAGUUCUUCAGAGAAAAAGGGCGUGUUACUAACGACCAAAAGAAGGAGUUGAUCAUAGCUGCGGAGGGACUUGUUCUGAGAACAAUGGGGUUUGAUCUCAACGUUCAACUUCCUUACAAGACUCUUGUUGCUGCCCUCCAUAGAUUGCGUGAGGAGAAGAUCACUGGCUCUGGGCACCCUCAGUUUACUAAAGUAGCAUGCAGUCUUGUGGAGGAUUUGCUUAGAACAUCGUUAUGCUUACGGUACGAGCCACAGUUCAUUGCUGUUGGUUCAGUGGUCGUCGCAGCUUCGGUUCUGAAGAUGAAACUUCCUGCAAAUAAAAAGUGGCUAGAGGGCCUUGAUGUUCCGCUCAAAGAGUUGAACGAGGUGAUUCAGUCGAUACAGAGGAAGUUCUCCAAAUGA